CUCUUGCAGAGCUGCGGGAGCAGCCGCCUGCUCCUGUCCCCAGAGCCGUGUGUGGCCCGAGUGGCCACAGCUGCACUGCCGGGCAGCUGGAGCUGCUGAGGCCAUCACAGCUGUCAGACCUCCCCUGCAGAACCUGCCCAGAGAACAACAGGUUGGUUCCCUGCUCUUGCUGUCCCAGGAGCUUUCUGAAACUGAGGUAUGCGCAAGAGUAAAACACAGGGACUUGGAGGAUUGUUGGCUGGUACUUGGUUUCUGUCUGAAAUACAAUUCCUUCCUUCGGCUCUCUUGAAAUUUGAGAAGCAUGCUUUUCCUGACACAGUUAAUGUUUUUGUUGGUGCUGGUCUUUGCACUUUGCAUUAGUCCUACUCUUUGUGCCUGAUUUCUGUGAUGUUUGAAUUGCAUGUUAUUGUAGCAGGGUCACCCAGACAGCCAGUUUCAAGGCUAGGUUCAUGAAAAGUUUUGGCCAGAUAGAAAGUUUACAAAUGAGUUUAAAUGUCAAUCUCCCAGAUGUGGAGUGCAGAGUGGGUAGCUCAGGGUGCCCGAUGCAAAGCACAAGGCAUUUCAGCACCUGUAAGUGCCCAAGCCAGCAGCUGUGGGACCCUGUGGAUAUCCUGGGGCUUGGCCCUGCCCAGAGCACUGCAGGCUGCAGCCUCACCAUGCUCUUCUCUCUCUGAGCCAGUCUCAGUGGUGUGAAGCUGCUGAGAAAUAAAUGCAGAGCUUAUACCUCUGCCCACAGACAUCUUAUAACCAAUUUGAGUUUAAUGAUGGCAGUAGAGCAGCUCUAAUGUUUUACUGUGGGCUCUUAUUAAAAGAAGUCCUUGUUGUACCUAACAUGGGAAGCUGUGGUUUCCGCAGGGGAGGCAGAGGGAGGCACCUCCACAUGUCUCCCACUUUCCCUGAUGGGAUGUCCUGCAGAAAUGUUUUCAUUAGGGCCAUCUCUGGAGCUAAUGCCUAUUCAUUUAGUAAAUUUAUUUGGAUUCAUUAAACUAUUUACUUAGCUUCAUUUAUUAUUCAGCUAAAAUUUAAUUUGCAUUUGCUGUACUGACACCAGCCUUCGCAGGUUAGAGCUAACACAUACACUCUUGUGAGCUCUCGUACACGUGUGAGCUUGCUUUGGCUGUAGUCAAAGAAAUGCAGCUCAACUUCAUGACACCUGAGCAGGUACUUCUAGGAGAUUCCUCCUCUUCCCAGAGCUCUCUUCGUAAGGAGGAAGAGUUGAAGCUAUCAGUACAUAUGAAGUCCUUCAAAAAUCACAAAUCACAAGAGAAACACAAUGCUCAUGUGAUCUGAAAGUUGGUGCUGGCUCAUGGCACUGAGGGGUACCCAGGUGUGAGGCUCCAGAGCUCGGAGGCCUGUCCUGUGCCAGCGAUGGAGGGUGAGGAGCCUGCGGCUGUGGCACGGCCUCGCUGGAGGCGAGCAGUGGCCUACUUGGCCACAACCUCCCUGGGCCGCCUGGUGCUUGGAGAAAGCUCCAGCUCCAUAAUCCCUGCUUCAGUUGCCAUGGUUUUCUUUAAGUAGCAUGGAGAGAGGAGAGGUGUUCAGGGAUUGUGUGUGUGGUUUUGUGGUUUGUUGGUGUUUUAUAUGUCAGAGCUGCAUGAGAGGAGAGAAAAUUCGUCUAGAAACUACUGACUGGUUCACUGCCUGAAUGCUUUGUGCUCGCCUGCUUAGUAUGGAUGGCUGUGCUGGGCCCGGGCGUGCCAUAGUAACUGCCCUCGCCUUGUAAUUCAACGCAUCUCACUUGCUCGGGUUUGGCACGGCACUCGUCCCAGGCUGCACUGGUGUGGCACUCGGGAUCGGGCUAUUUAUAACCGCCCGGCCCGGCCGGCAUCCCCCGAGGGCUGGGAAGCCGUGUGAGCCCGGCUGUGCUCGGGACAGGAGAGCGGAGCCGCAGCUGCGGGAGCCGCUCCGCGCCCGCCGAGGCGCCUGGGGACGGGGCCGGAGGCGGGCCAUGCAUGAAGGUUCCCAGGCAGCACUCGGGGGAAACUGCUGCAAGCCCAGCAUCCAGUUCUGAGCACACGGGACGUGGGAUCCUGCGUGGAGUCAGCUGCUGCUCCUGUGUCCUGCCACGCUGGGGCCACACAGGCAUUCUCUUGGGAGAAAGCACCUGACUGCGAGAAGGCAGUGGAGGGCACGGGCUGCGCGUGGGACUGCGCCUAGUGGGGACUUCAGUGUAUGUGUGGAACACAGCUGACUGUUCUGAUCCGGUGCUGCACGACCCAGGCAUGGGAAACAGCCUUUUUGCAAACUGCUGCAGGCAAGUCACCGAUCUCCUCUUCCAGCCACGCAGCUCUGACUCAGCCGACGAGAGGUCACCCCUCUUGCCAAAGUCUCCCGCAAGCUGCACUGUCGUCCCGGAGAUGCCAGAAGCUGCCCAAUGUGCUGGGCUGUAUCCAGACAUCAUCCCCAGUGAGACAGUGACUGGAAGCCUGCAGAAGAGCACUGAAUAUGUCCAAGACCUCUCUGAGACCAAGGACAAAGAAGAAAUGAUGACAGUUUGUGAUAAGAGUGGUUUGAGACCUGGUGUUGGCACAGUUGGCCUGCUCCAGCGGACAGAGGCAUCCCAUGCAGUGACUGUCCUUCCAGCCGACCUUGGGGACAGGCCGCCAGGGCUGGUUGAUCAUGCUCAGUCACUUGAGGCCUGCCAGAGCUGUGUGAAACUUGAGGACAGCAGCUUAGCCCACAGAUCCUGCCGCCGGGAGGAGCACGUGGCAGCAGCUGACGGCGGAGCGGGCCCUGGAGCGCAAUCCGCUGGCCAUGGCCACGGCAAGGGGCGAGCGGCCGUGCGCCUGCACGCAGCCUUGGUGGCUCCCGACAGCGUGCUCAAGUGCAGAGCUCCUGCUCCCUCCCCUGGGAGCCCUGGGACACCCUCCUCUGCUCUGCCAUCAAGUGCAGGGAAAACCCUGCCAGCUCAAAGUGCACUUGUGCUGCCUGUUCUCCCUGGUGAGGUGUCACCUAAGGCUCAGAACACAAGUGCUGGUUUUGUGACAGAGCCUACUGCCUGCCCCAGCAGAAGGUCGAGCUGCGAUGCUGAUUUCCAGGCCCAGGUUCUGCCCUCAAAGCAGCAGCAGCAGAAGAAGAAGAGGAAGAAAAAGAAGCUUCCUCUCCCAGAGCACCCGUCCGGCGUGGCACUGAUGAAUGGCAGCGGCCCGCAUGACAGCCUCAAGGGUGAGAAGGAUGCCAAGCAGAAUGGCCACGAGGAGGCUGACCCGGGAGAAGAUGGGAACGACCAGGAGGUCAUCGUCAUACAGGACACGGGAUUUACUGUCAAGAUCUGUGCACCAGGGAUAGAGCCCUUUUCCCUGCAGGUUUCUCCUCAAGAGAUGGUGCAAGAAAUCCAUCAGGUUUUGAUGGACCGGGAGGAUACCUGCCAUAGGACCUGCUUCUCCCUGCAGCUGGAUGGCAACGUCCUGGAUAACUUUGCUGAGCUGAAGACAAUUGAAGGACUGCAGGAGGGUUCACUGCUGAAAGUGGUGGAAGAGCCAUACACAGUGCGAGAAGCCAGGAUACACGUGCGCCACAUUCGGGACCUUCUCAAGAGUCUUGACCCAUCAGAUGCUUUCAAUGGCGUGGACUGUAACUCAUUGUCCUUCCUGAGUGUCUUCACUGAAGGAGACCUGGGAGACAGUGGAAAACGGAAGAAGAAAGGUACCGAAAUGGAACAAAUUGACUGCACCCCUCCUGAACAUAUCCUGCCAGGUAGCAAAGAGAGGCCCCUGUGUGCCCUUCAGCCCCAGAACAGAGACUGGAAGCCUUUGCAGUGCCUAAAGGUAUUGACGAUGAGUGGCUGGAACCCUCCGCCCGGUAACCGCAAGAUGCACGGGGACCUCAUGUACCUGUACGUCAUCACCGUGGAGGAUCGGCACGUCAGCAUCACUGCCUCCACUCGGGGAUUCUACUUGAAUCAGUCUACUGCAUACAACUUCAAUCCCAAACCUGCAAACCCUAGUUUUCUCAGUCAUUCCUUGGUGGAACUACUUAACCAGAUCAGCCCUACCUUCAAAAAAAAUUUCUCUGCUCUGCAGAAAAAACGGGUUCAGAGACACCCCUUUGAGAGGAUAGCCACUCCUUUCCAAGUGUACAGCUGGACGGCCCCGCAAGCAGAGCAUGCCAUGGACUGUGUCCGGGCAGAGGAUGCCUACACCUCCAGGCUGGGCUACGAGGAGCACAUACCUGGACAGACCAGAGACUGGAAUGAGGAGCUGCAGACCACACGGGAGCUUCCACGCAAGAACCUGCCUGAGAGGCUGCUGAGAGAACGAGCCAUUUUCAAGGUUCACAGUGACUUCACUGCAGCAGCAACACGAGGUGCUAUGGCUGUCAUUGAUGGCAAUGUCAUGGCCAUCAACCCCAGCGAGGAGACCAAGAUGCAGAUGUUCAUCUGGAACAACAUUUUCUUCAGCCUGGGCUUUGACGUCCGUGACCACUACAAGGACUUUGGUGGAGACGUUGCUGCUUACGUGGCUCCUACCAAUGAUCUCAAUGGUGUGCGGACCUACAAUGCUGUGGAUGUGGAAGGGCUGUACACGCUGGGGACUGUCGUGGUGGAUUACAGAGGUUACAGGGUGACAGCUCAGUCUAUUAUCCCUGGCAUCUUGGAGCGGGAGCAGGAACAGAGUGUCAUCUAUGGGUCAAUAGACUUUGGCAAGACAGUUGUGUCACACCCCAAGUACCUGGAGCUGCUGGAGAAGACCAGCAGGCCGCUGAAGAUCCAGAAGCACAAAGUUCUCAACGACAAGAAUGAGGAGGUGGAGCUGUGCUCCUCAGUAGAGUGCAAAGGCAUUAUUGGCAACGAUGGGCGUCACUACAUCCUGGACCUGCUACGCACUUUCCCUCCAGAUCUAAACUUCCUGCCUGUUGAAGGGGAGGAGAUGCCAGAGGAAUGUAAGAAAAUGGGGUUCCCCAAGCAGCACAGACACAAGCUUUGCUGUCUCCGCCAAGAGCUUGUUGAUGCCUUUGUAGAACACAGGUAUCUCUUAUUCAUGAAGCUGGCUGCACUGCAGCUGAUGCAGCAGAAAGCCAACAAGCAGGAGAGCUCAGCUGCGCUGGAAAAUGGUGCCUCUGCAGAGAAUGGCUCUGCAGACAGCGAGAGGCCUGAGUCAGAGGAUGGGAAAAUAGACGACAGCGUGACUGGGCUUGAUCAGGUGAAGGAGCUCGCGGAGACCAUCGCGUCUGACGAUGGAACAGUGGAUCCCAAAAGCAGAGAAGUGAUUCGGAAUGCUUGCAAGGCUGUAGGCUCCAUCAGUGACACAUCAUUUGAUAUUCGGUUUAACCCAGAUAUUUUCUCACCAGGUGUUCGCUUCCCGGAGUCGAGCAAAGAGGAGGUGCAGGAUCAGAAGCAGCUGCUGAAGGAUGCUGCUGCAUUCCUGCUGUCCUGCCAGAUCCCAGGCUUGGUGAAGGACUGCCUGGAUCACACAGUGCUCCCGAUGGAUGGGGCAACCUUGGCUGAGGCCAUGCACCAGAGGGGCAUCAACAUGCGUUACCUGGGCAAAGUGAUCAACUUCAUCACCAAGACUCCUGGCCAUGCACAGCUGGAUCACAUCUUUAAAAUUGGAAUCAGUGAAUUGAUCACUCGAUCAGCCAAACACAUCUUCAAGACGUACCUCCAGGGUGUGGAGCUGUCAGGUUUAUCUGCUGCCAUCAGCCACUUCCUCAACUGUUUUCUGAGCUCCUUCCCAAAUCCCAUUGCCCAUCUUCCAGCUGAUGAGCUGGUCUCCAAGAAGAAGAAUAAGAAAAGGAAAAACAGGAACCUUGGCAAUGCUGAUAACACUGCGUGGGCAAGCAUGACCCCUCAGGAGCUAUGGAAGAAUAUUUGUUCAGAAGCAAAGAACUAUUUUGAUUUCAGUCUUGAAUGUGAGAAUGCUGACCAAGCAGCUGAAGUGUAUAAUCUACAGAAAAUCACCCUGCUCCGUGAAAUCUCCCUCAAAACUGGAGUCCAGAUCCUGCUGAAGGAGUACAACUUCGACAACAGGCACAAGCCCACUUUCACAGAAGAGGAUAUUCUUAACAUCUUCCCUGUAGUGAAGCAUGUAAACCCCAAAGCCUCCGAUGCUUUCCACUUCUUCCAGAGCGGGCAAGCAAAAGUUCAGCAAGGUUUCUUGAAGGAGGGCUGUGAGCUCAUCAAUGAAGCCUUAAACCUGUUCAACAAUGUGUAUGGUGCUAUGCAUGUAGAAAUCUGUGCCUGCCUGAGGCUGCUAGCUCGGCUCAACUAUAUCAUGGGAGAUUACUCAGAGGCCUUAAGCAAUCAGCAGAAAGCGGUGCUAAUGAGUGAGAGGGUCCUGGGCAUUGAACACCCCAACACCAUCCAAGAAUAUAUGCACCUGGCUCUGUACUGCUUUGCAAACAGCCAACUCUCGACAGCACUGAACCUGCUGUACCGUGCACGCUACCUCAUGCUGUUGGUAUUUGGGGAGGAUCACCCAGAAAUGGCACUCUUAGAUAACAACAUUGGCCUGGUGCUCCAUGGGGUCAUGGAGUAUGACCUGUCCCUGCGGUUCCUGGAGAACGCCUUGGCCAUCAGCUCCAAGUAUCACGGCUCCAAGUCUUUGAAGGUUGCACUGAGCCACCACUUGGUUGCCCGAGUGUACGAGAGCAAAGCAGAGUUCCGGUCGGCUCUGCAGCACGAGAAGGAAGGCUACACCAUCUACAAGAACCAGCUCGGUGAACACCAUGAAAAGACCAAAGAGAGCUCCGAGUACUUGAAAUACCUGACGCAGCAAGCGGUCGCUCUGCAGCGCACAAUGAACGAGAUCUACAAGAACGGCUCCAAUGCCAACAUCAUGCCCCUGAAGUUCACAGCUCCCAGUAUGGCCAGUGUCCUGGAGCAGCUGAACAUUAUCAAUGGAAUUCUCUUCAUUCCACUAAGCCAAAAAGACUUGGAGAACCUUAAAGCUGAGGUACAGCGACGUCAGCAGCUCCAGGAAAGCAUGAAAAGUGGGGAACAGCUGGAAGCAGAGGAGAAAGCUGUGGAGGAGAAGGAGGCUGAGCCGAGCAUGCCUUCUGCUGCCAUCCCCUUAACACAGAGCUCUGCUUAACGUGUACCUCGCUUUAAAAAAAAAAGUUUAAACCACCCUUUUCUGAAUCUGGCCCAGGGCCUUAGCUGCCCUCGGAGCAGCUCCUCCUUUUUGACAAUGUUAUUGCACUGGUACAAUUAAUACACAAUGCAAAGAACUAAUCUGAGCAAUGUAAUCUGUCUGCCCAAGCUUGUGUCUGCCACGCGAGGGGAAGUGGCCGGAGGCAGCACAGACCCGUCCUGGCGCGCGGGGCCCUCCUGCCGUGUGUGUGUCCGUGUCGUGUGUGUGCGCAGCAGUUACUUCUACUUUGUACAUAUGAAUUCCAAAUGAACUGUCUGGAGGAAUGUAACAUUUCUCAGGUCAUUUUUAUGUUGACUAAGGACACUGCUUUGCUAAACCAGUAAAGAACCAGCCCCAUCACUGCUCCACGUUCUUGUAAAACGUGGAUUCCAAGCCAAAAGAUUGAUUUCCCCCAGUCACUAUUCAAGCUUGGGCUGAGAACAGCCGUAUUUGUGUCACUGAGAUGACUGAAGCCUGUGACAUGUGGAAGUGGGGGAUGUACAGCAUUUUCUACAUCAGGAUAUAGCCAUGGGAUCCCUUUAACCAUUUUUUUCUAUGUUUGGUUGGCAGUUUGGCAAUUCAGUGGGGUUUUGUAACAUUCACAUUCUAAUUUUCAAGGUAAAGAUAUAGAUAGAUAUAUAUAUAUAGAUAUAUAUAUAUUAUAUUCACCGUUCCACCUCUGCCUCUGCUUGCAGCUGAGUAACUUGGGAUACUGUAUCCAAAGAGUGAGGGCUUGAUCUUUAAAAAAGCGCACAAACUUCAUUGCAGUGGAAACCCCAGUGCCUCGGUGAGGUGGGAAUGCAGCAAAUGAGGGCUGAGCUAAGGGGAGUGAGGAGGGAAUCACAGCCCUAUUUAAGGGCAGGAGAGAGGGGAGGAAAAUUCAGAAACAGACCUGGUAUCAUUUGCAACAGCAGCUGUUGACACAGAGCUGAGUGCCCUGAACCUGACAGAAUCAUAACCAGAAAGUACCAAGUUUUGGGUAAGGGGUUUAAAUAAAACUGAAGUUCCCCCAGCACUGAAACCUCUGGCAAAUACCUUUGCCUCUGGCAUUUUUGCACACUGGUUUUGGGACUGGCGCUGGGAGCUGCCAUUGCUGGCAAUGGACGGUACUGAAGGGCAAGUGCCACUAAAGAAAUCCUCCUGUCCCCUCCCCUCCCACACACGUCCUGUGGGGUUGUCACUGCCCUCAAGCAGGUAAGAUGUGGCUGCUGCAGGCCCUGGGAUGCCGACAGAGUUGAAUGUCCCGUUUUCCAAGCAGAUCAAGCUGUGGAAGAAGGGCGGGCUGGCCGCAGCCCCGCGCUGCCAGCGCCCAGCCUGUCCCUGCCUCGCGUUGUCUGUCCUGGAUCGUGCCCCGUGCUAAUGCGUGCUGCUGCUCUUACUGACCCGUGGAGCCAAGUGCUGUCCCUGUGCUCUGUACCCUCGGUUUCCUGUCUGACCCUACAGCUAUCUGUAACUUGGGGCUGGGCGGGGGGGAAGGAGGGAGCAGCCUCUGAGGUGCUGGAGGCAACAAAGCAGAGUCUUCACUGCAAAUGAAUUUGCUCCUAUUAGAAAAAUUCUGAAUUUCCUGGAAAGCAAUCAAUAAAUAACUACAGUGCAUCUUUCCUACAAGAUUUUUCUUUUACUAGUGUCUUACAGUCCAUUAAAAGCUUUUUAAACUCUU